CGCUCCACUUGGACCAACCAACACUCCCCUCCUUUACAGCCGCUUAUAGAUACAGUUGCACCUCGUGUGAUUGGACUGUGAAUAUCUGUAUCGACUCCGGCCAACGUCCACCCCCGGAUACCACCACCAUGGCUUCCGCCCAAGCUCCCGAGAGCUCCGCGGCCUCGAGCCCUCCAGUUGCUAUAGUCUGCGUAGGCAUGGCUGGCUCUGGAAAGACGACCUUCAUGCAACGCCUAGUAUCACACAUCUACACGCACCCAGACCCAACCUCGAAAGAGCCCUCCGUGUCGAAGACCGCACCAUCCCCGCCGUACAUCAUCAACCUCGACCCUGCAGUUCACCACGUCCCCUUCACGCCUAACAUCGACAUCCGUGACAGCGUCAACUACAAGGAGGUCAUGAAGCAGUUCAAUCUUGGGCCGAACGGCGGUAUCUUGACAAGUCUGAACCUGUUCAGCACCAAGAUUGACCAGGUGAUUGGACUGCUAGAGAAGAGGACGCAGGCACCAGAGCCAGUGAAGGAGCCUGAGCAGACAACAGUCGAGUUCAUGACAAGCAGUGGGAAGGAGAAGCAGGCGGCACCGGCGCAGCAACAGCAGGUCAAGCACAUCCUGGUCGACACACCAGGCCAAAUCGAAGUCUUUGUUUGGUCAGCCAGCGGAGAGAUCCUGCUGUCGAGCUUAGCAAGCACGUUCCCUACCGUCAUUGCAUACGUCAUCGACACCCCGAGAACCACAAGCACCAGCACCUUCAUGUCGAACAUGCUGUACGCCUGCUCGAUUCUGUACAAGACGAAGCUGCCCAUGAUCUUGGUGUUCAAUAAGACAGACGCGCAGGACGCUGAGUUUGCGAAGGAGUGGAUGACAGACUUCGAGGCUUUCCAGAGUGCGCUGCGAAAUGAGGAAGAGGGUGGCACUUUUGGCGGCGACGGUGUCACUGGCGGUAGCGGCUACAUGAGCAGUCUGCUCAACAGUAUGUCCCUCGUCCUCGAGGAGUUUUACAAGCACUUGAGCGUCGUAGGAGUCAGUGCCAUGACAGGUGACGGCAUGGACGACUUCUUCAAAGGCGUCCAAGAGAAGAAGGCAGAGUUCGAGCGCGACUACAAACCAGAACUGGAGCGAAGGAGAGCUGAGCGCGAGCAAGAGAAGCAGGCUACCCGACAGCGCGAACUCGACAAGCUUAUGAAGGAUAUGAAAGUUGGUGGUGCCGGCACAAAGCCCAAGAAGGCGCCGCGAAAGGAAGAGCCUGAGACAGUGAGCGACGCAGAAGAUAUGGACGACGACGAUGACGACCACCCAGCCAACGACUUCGACGACGAUUUCGACUCGGAAGAAGAUGCCAUGGAUCCAGACAGCAACCUCAAGCAGCGAUACGCACAAGCACUGAGGGAUAGCGGUGGACCCUCAAACGAAGACAUGAGUUUUGCCAAGUACGUGCAGACGGCCAAGUUCACCUGAGCACCUGAGCGCUCCCAAUCGAGAUAUCGAUCCAAAGCCAGCAAUCUUCAACGACAACAGACUACCAAACUCACGACAACCCAAGAGAUCUGCCCCUCGAACCCCAAAGCCCCAGCUUUCCGCCUCGCCCCCAACAACCACCGAUCUCGCUUCCCACAUCCUGGUCCACGUCGGAAGUCACUGCAUGAUACGUAUCUCGGUCGGUGGCUCGAACCCACUCAAACACGGAUACCUGCAUCCCCCACCCGUCG